UAAAAUUUUACUGAAUUGUGGACCCAAAAACUGGAAGUGUUACACUUUAUGCAGAGCAAGCUCACAGUGAGACUAAGAUUCUGAAACUUCACGACCAUGAUUUUAUGCCAGUGAUGACUACAAGAAUGUAUGAGUCCUAAAUGAGUGGACAGUUCUCUGUUUUUCUGGAGAGAAGAACAAGAAAGGGGGGGGCACUAAUUGUAGAAGUUUUAAGAGAAGUAGUGCAUAAUAUGGAUCCCACAGAUCUUAUACCAGAGCGAAGAGCAAAGAGUUGGAAACGUGAGCACGAAGAGCGGUGUCGUAGGCAUCAAAAUAAUAAUGAUCUAAAGAAAUGUCGUGAUCCUGGAUAUGGACCAGAUCAGUCUGUACUUUUAGAAAUGAAGGACAAUUCAACAGAACUUUUGAAAGAUGCAGUUAGAGUGGAGGAGAUGGAAAUGUCUGCAAGUGACAAACUUUUGAAUGGCAGUGGUGGUGUUGAUGUUGAAAAUGAAGGUACUUCUGCCUUGAGGAUGACCAUUGAGAACUCUGCCAUUGAAUGUGAAAGCACUAACAAAGAAUCUGCAGAAAGUAAUGUAAUUAAUAAUUUGGGAGCUGUUGAGGGAAUGUUGUGCGAUGGCAGGAGUAGUGAAAUAGUCUCUUCCUUAUUACACACUGCAGAAGGUUCAGAUGUUGAAACUGAAAAUAAUUUGUGUAAGCAGAAUCUUGAAAAGGAGGGAAGAGAUGAUUUUCCUGCCACAGAUGGUUUUUGUGUGAAUUUAAUGGGGGAUUCCAAGAAACCUGGACAUAUUUAUGAGGGUUUGUCCUCAUGUGAAAAUAUGGAAGAAAAUGACAGAUCAUACGUGAUAAUGCAGCAGUUUGACAUUGAAAUGCCAGAAAUCACAUCUGAAGGGUACUCUAGAAUUUCAGGAGGAACUGAAUCGGGAUCUUCAAAAUUACAUAAAGUUAAGUCAGGUCCUCUGGAAGUUUCAGCAGAGUCAUCAGAGCUCACAAUGAUGAAAGGAACUGAACUGGUGCACUUGGAGGAGGCAUUGGCAAAGAGGGGAGAUAUCAUGGAUAUAUCACUUGAAAUUCCAGAAUGGGUUCCAGCAAGAGAAGCAAAUGUUAAACCAGAAACAUUAGAAGAUGCCACACCAAGAUACCCAGAUAUUAUGAAAGAUGCUGCAGUAGAAAGAGCAACACAAGGUCAGUCAGGAUUUAAAGAUGUAAUGCAUGAACUUUUGGGAAACAUCAGUACUGCCCAAGAAGAGUGUGUGGACACUGAGGAGUCUAACCAGAAAGCUGAUGUUUUGCUUGACACAGGAGAAGAGUUGGGGAAGUAUGGAGAGAGAGGUGAAUUAGCGGGUUUGGAUACGUUGGAACAAGCAGCAAUGUCAGGUAAUAGAAAUUUUGAAAUUGUAGAUUCUUUGGUUACUUCCCAAGAUGCAGAGCAUAGUAAUAAUUCUAGUUGUGACUUGGAGAACAGAAGUGGGGCACCAAAUGAUCACUCGAAAGACAGCUUAAAAACUGAUGACCAUAUAUGUAGUGUUCAUGCCGAAGAGUCCACCCUCAGCAGUUUUGAGACUCCAGGAAAUGUUGCAGAAAAAUUAAAGGAAGAAGAAACUUCUGGUGUCAAGCAAGGAAAGAAUUUGUUUGUAGAAUUAUGCCAUGAAGAAAAUUUUGCAAGACCUGUAGAAAUUGUUGACAAGACCGAACAUUCUGUGUGUGUGCUCGCUAGUGCCAAAUCAGUGUCACCUUUUCGAGAUGGACAACAAAAUGAUUCUGAAUUCUUGGAAGACUCUGGUACAUCUGGUGAGAAUAACAAAUUUGUAACUGACAGUUCCUUUGGAAAUGUGGCUGUGGAGUAUAAAGCCAGUGAUACGGACAAUGGAACAAUGAGAGACACAAGUGUAAGUAAUUUAGAAAAUUCAACAGCAGAAUUGAAUGAAGGAAACCCUGAGCAUUUAAUGGAUAAGCCAGCUUUAGAAAUUGUAGGUGACAUGUUUCAUGAAUACGUGCAGUUGGAAGGAUCAUCUGUAAACAGCAAAUAUUGUCUUGGAAUUGACGUUGUUCCAGAUCAAACUUUGCCAUCAGAAACUGCAUUUCUUCAGCCAUCUGCAAUGGCAAGUGAAGAUAAGAAAAUUCUAGACUUGUAUGUAUCUGAAGUAGAACAGAGACUUAAUCAGAAGCAAAUUCUUCGUCAGGAGAAUCAGGAUGUAGUCAAUCUACGCCCAGAUGACUCUCACUUCUCCAAAUUGGAUUCAAGCCUUAAGAAGAAUACAGCAUUUGUGAGGAAACUUAAAACAUUUACAUGCAAUCAACUUGACUCCUUGCUGAAGGAUAUGUCAACACUCAACUUAACAAAGUAUGUAAGUGAAGCUGCAGCAGCCAUAGUGGAGGCCAAACUGAAGAUGACAGAUGUUAUUGCUGCUGUGGAGCUGUGUAAUUCCCUGCAUCAUAUGUAUGCAGAAUUCUCUUCACAUCUUUUGGAGAACUGGCAUAGGUUCUUAACAGUUAAGAAAGAUGACCGUAUGAUAAAUCAGAGUAAACUGAGAGUCGAUUUACGAUUUUAUGCUGAAUUGAUAAAUGUAGGGAUAUUCACACACAAGGAGGGAUUGCCUCUCCUAGGAAAUGUACUCACAGUGCUGGUGAACAUGGACAGGGAAGAGCACAACAAUGUCAAUAUCAUUCUGAGUUUCUGUAGACACUGUGGUGAAGAUUAUGCAGGAUUGGUUCCAAGAAAAAUUAGAUUGCUGGCAGAGCAGUAUCAGGUAUCACUUCCCAGAAGCAAGCUGCUUACAAAGGAAAAGCAGCGCAAUGUUAAAGCUUUGCUGAAGGAAUAUUAUGGAUCAUUAGUAAAACAUGUUAUGAAGGAACACAGAGAUCUUCAGGCAUUUGAAAGGCAGAACAAGAAGAUAUUACAGACAAGAGGAGAACUGAGUGGAGAGAGGAAAGAAAAAUGGGAAAACCUGAAGUACUCAUAUGAGCGACUGCAUACUGGAAUGAUCACAUUUGCUGAAAUACUAGAUGAGGAUGUGCCUGAGCUCCCAGAGGAUGAUUAUUUGAAGGAUGAAGAUUUAAGACUGAUUGGUACCAGUGAUGGUGAAGAGACUGCCUUCACAUCAACAAUCUGGGAGGAUGAAGAAGAACAGCGAUUCUAUGAGUACCUGACAGAUAUGAAGGAAUUCCUACCAAGUAUCACUGUGCGACCACCUGAACCAGUUUCAGAGACAUAGAAGAAUUAGAAUGUGUGGCGAAUUCCAGUAACAAGAUAUUGAUGGAGUCAUUUCUGACUCACCUGCCACACUGUGUAAAUCGUGAAAUGAUUGACAGUUCAGCGGUAGAAUUUGUCAUGAACCUGAACACCAAGUAUAACAGGAAGAAACUUGUGAAAAUGUUGUUUAGUGUGCCUCGUACUCGUCUGGACCUUCUUCCAUUUUAUGCAAGAUUUGUUGCCACAUUGCAUCCUGUAGUACCUGAUGUCGCUGUGGAGCUUGGCCAGUUCCUCAAACAAGACUUCAAAUUCCAUGUCCGAAAGAAGGAUCAGAUUAAUAUUGAAUCCAAGAUAAAAGUCGUGAGAUUUAUUGGAGAGUUGGUGAAGUUCAGAAUGUACUCAAAGAUAGAGGCUUUAUAUUGCCUGAAACUGCUGCUCCAUGACUUCACACAUCAUCACAUUGAAAUGUGCUGCAGCCUUCUGGAAUCCUGUGGUCGGUUCUUGUUCAGAAAUGUAGACUCACAUCAACGAACUAAAGUGUAUUUGGAACAAAUGAUGAGGAAGAAGAGCGUUACAGCAUUAGAUUCUCGCUAUGUGACGAUGAUUGAAAAUGCAUUUUAUUAUGUGGACCCACCAGACACAGCACCAUUUGUGAGGAAAGAACGACCUCCAAUGCAUGAAUUUAUUCGUAAGAUAUUGUACCAAGAUUUAAUGAAGGCCAAUACGGAUAAAGUGUUGAGGCUGAUGCGGAAGUUGGACUGGGAGAAUCCAGAUCUAGCAGAAUAUGCGGUGAAAUGCCUCACUAUGGCUCAUAAUGUUAAAUAUUACAAUAUCCGCUGCUUGGCCAGUCUUUUGGCAGGUCUGGUAACUCAUCAGGAAACAGUUGGGACACAUGUAGUUGAUGGGGUGAUGGAGGAUAUCAGGUUGGGUAUGGAAGUGAACCUGCCUAAAUACAGCCAGCGCCGUGUGGCAAUGAUCAAGUAUUUGGGUGAACUCUAUAAUUAUCGCAUGGUGGAGAGCAGUGAUAUAUUCAAGAUUCUGUAUUCAUUGAUCUCGUUUGGUGUGUCACAAAACCCUUCAAGUCCCUCAUUUUUGGAUCCUCCUGAACACCUAUUCCGCAUCCGACUAGUGUGCGUUCUUUUGGAGACAUGUGGUCAGUAUUUCAACAAUGGAAUAAGCAAGUCAAAGCUGGAUUAUUUCUUCACUUACUUCCAGAGGUAUUUCUGGCUUAAAUAUGAAGAUAAAUAUUGGACUCCAGAAAAUCCAUUCCCAGUUGGAAUCCAUUACUUAUUCAAAGAUACUUUGACAAGUUUGCGGCCGAAGCUAUGCUUGUUUUCAAGUUUAGAGGAAGCAAAUCAAGCAGUUCAUCAAAUGCAGUUGGAAUUUGCACCGAUGCUAUCAGAUCGUAUGCCAGGGCUGUUUGGUGGAGGGGGUGGAGAUGAUACAGACAACAUACUCCCUACUCUGGGGUCUGAUCUCGGGACCAUCGUGGAGGCAGCAAGUGAGGGAGAUGAUGAUGCAUGUACUGAGUCAGAAGUUGCGGAUGCCACAGAUGCAGAAACGGAGACAGAGGAAUCUCUGUCGCACGAUGGUCGGCCUAUGAAGAAAUCUGCAAAAUGUGGUGGAGGGGAGGAUGGUGAAGGUGGAGAGGAAGAAGAAGAAGAUCAGGAAUUCUGUGAAGCUCUUUCUGAGUUUGAAGAUGGCGAGGGAGAGGGAGAGUGGGGUGGCACAAGCUCUUCACCACUACAGAGGAGCCAGGGAGAUGAAGCAUCUAUGGUAGCAGCCUUACCACAAGGGCCUACUCAUGUUGAAUGCCCAGAAGAUGAAGACUUCCUCUCUGCAUUUGAUAGGAUGGUAUCAGAUAACAUUCAAGACCGCAUGCGGGAGACAGUGAAGCCACAACAAGUUGACAUAUCUGUUCCAUUGCACAUCAAAAGCAGUGCUAAGAAGACCUACGAACAAUUGCAAGAAACAAGGAUAGAAGAGAAAUGUACAAUGAACUUUGUGUUGAUGAUAAGGAAAGGUCACAAACAACAGUACAAGAGUUUGGCUGUACCUAUUAAUUCUGAGUUGGCUCUCAAUUUAAAAAAUCGUGAAGAAGCUGAACGAGCUGAAAAGGAGCGAGUGAAACGCCUCACAUUGGAUAUCAAUGAAAGACUGGAAGAAGAAGAUUAUCAAGAAAUGCUUGCUCAGGCUCAAAGGCCAGUGGUCAUGAAUCUGAACAGGGAGAGGAAACACAAGUAUCAGCAUCCAAAAGGUGCCCCCGAUGCAGACCUCAUAUUUGGACCAAAGAAAGUUAGGUGAUGGGAAGGCUGCAGAGUGUAACAUUUCAAUUCUUAUAGGUUGAAAUCUAUUACAAGUGGUAAGAUGUGAUGAGAAGGUACUGUUAACUUUUACAUCAUGUUAACUGUUACACCAGGAGCCGUUGACUUGAGUAUUUGUUAGUGUGGUUAAGUGUUUGGGGUACUGUUUUGCAGUUGACCAUCAUAUGGUCAUGUUUAUAGUGGUUUAUUGAAGGAUAUGUGACCCAAGUUUUGGAAACAGAUUAUUUAUUUCUUUAGAGGUUUAUAUUUCAGUUCUUUAAUAUCUUGGCAGAACUGUGAAGAAAUCAAAUGCAGUGACACUGAACGUAAGACUUGUGGAAAUAAUUGAUGCCAUCAUAUUUAAUAAAACUGGCUAAUAACAAAGUAAUUUUAGAGAUUGUUUUCCUUGUUUCUGAACAAAAUCCAAAAGUGAAUUUUCAAAAAUAUUCAUCUAAGCCUGAAUAUUACAGGUUUUGUUAUGGUUCGUUAAUUUGCCAAGGUUGUUUUGGUUUGAGUAAAGUUGAUAUAUUUUAAAAUAAAGACAAAUGGGAGGGCAGAUGGAAACUGUAAGAUGUCUUAACAGCUUAUGGUUGUGGAUAGCAUGCAAGUCAAACAGUGAGCAGAAUUUUAUGAAGAAUGCAUUUCCUUUCAUUUAUUGUUUGAGGUAUCACAUUUUCUUAAUGUUAAUUUUAACUGUUAACACAAAAAUACAGACAGACUGUGUUAGUCAA